AACGCGCCUCCCUUGGCCCGGGAGGGGGACUCGGGCUUUAUCUCGGGACCUAUAGUCUUCGAACCCCCCCCCCCCGCGCACCUUUGUCCUCAUGGGGAGCGAACUACAGUUCCCGCAGAGCCGAGGGGUCCGGCCGCUCUAAGGUCUCCGCCGCCCCUCCCCCGCCCGGCUUUGGCAGGGGCUUCUCCCAAGAUGGCGGCUCCCCCUCCUCCUGCUGCUGCUCCCCGGGGCGCCGGGGUCGGGGCCACCUCCCCGGGGGGCUCCCUGGGCUACUGCUUGGCCCAGCUGCAGAAGGGCGCCGAGCCGGGCCUCGGCCGGGCCCUGCUGGCCCUCAGGACGCAGCACAUCAAGGAGGCCGGGGGCAUCGCCCGCUUCCGGAGCCGAGGGGGCCUGGCGCCUCUCCUGGGGGUCCUGGCCGGCGCCCCUCGGCCGCGACGCACCCUGGACCUCGCCCUCAGCAUCCUGGGCAACUGCUGCACCGAGGGCGCCAGCCGCACCCAGGUGCGCGAGCUGGGCGGGAUCCCGCCCCUCGGUAAGUGGGGGGCCCCACUUAGGGGGAGGACUAGGUACCCCCUUGGGGGUAAGGGGGAGCUCGACGGGGCAGUCUUGGUCCCCCCGCAACAUUUUGGAGGGCGCCAGGUGGGAUCCUAAGACCCCCAAGUUAACCCUCCAGCCCCCCCCCCAUUGCCUGGGUGCCUGUGUUGCCAAGGCCCCCUUGAUUUGUCAAAGGUUGGGGUCCCGCCCCCGGAGUUUGUAAGGAUUAUUGGAUCCUCGCGUGGAAUAAUAGCUGCUUUGGCUCACUUUCCGGGCCUUUCUGCCUUCUCCGAUACCUUUACUUUGGGCUGUCAUGUGUGACACCCAUCUCGUUAAAUAAGAUGAUGUAGCUCGGAUUUCCUUAAGUUUUUGGUUUUUUAAAAAAAAUCUCGUGCUUAAAGGGCGUUAAGUGUUGGCAAGUGGAAAUCACAGUCGCAGAACUGUUGGAAGGGCCAGCCAGUCCAAGCCCCUGCAAGGCAGGAGUCACAGCUAAUGUUAGGCUGUGCCCAGUGGGGCUGGGGAGGGUUGAAGCCAUACGUGCAGUUCUAAGGGUGAUGAGCUGUCGCCCUUGGUUAACCUCUACGCCCGACUGAUGUUGGGUUUCAGAAUAGGACUCGGGAUACCAGGGUUCAAAUCCCUGCUCAGCCACAAAUCUCAUUGGAUGAACCGCCCUGAGAUCUGUGGGUGAAGGGUAUACAAACUGAAUACAUACAUAAAUAAAAUAACUUGGGCCUGUCACUCUCUGCCUCACAGGGUUGUUGUGAGGAUAAAAUGGGGUGGGGGGACAGCCGUGCAUGCCAUCUUCAGCUCCUUGGAAGGAAGGUGGGAUAUAAAUGUAAUAAGAAUAAAGGACAUUGGCCUGGAACAUGCGCACAUGUCUUGCCAUCCUGAGCUACUCAAGUUGGACUUGUGACCCUUUGAAUGCUGCGGUGGGAGGAGAUGCCUAAGCCUUUAAGGGAAGUUGCUUGAGGAUGCGCAGGGACUUGUAAUUUGCUUUUUGCAGCUGGCAGCGCCACCUGGCCGUUAAACGUGUAAAUGCCAAAGCCUCCGUCUUUCCAUCGAUGGAGGACGGUGCAAAACUGCUGUCUUAAACCAAUGCAAAUUUGUUUAAGUUCAGUGUUUUCCUUUUGAGCUUCUACCCCAUUUGGUUCCUUCAUAGGUUGUGGGGCUGUUUUAAGAUGAGUGAACACAUGCAAACUAGAAGUGGUUGGCUUUUUCCCUCUAGGAGAAGCUAGCAACGAUCCUGGGGAUUUGGGAUUAUAUUGAGGUUCCCCCUAGCAGUAGCAAGACCUCGUGCGUUUGUGCAUUUGGAAAUCAGUGUUUACACUGGUUGUCAAGAGAGACCAUACCUUUUUAUAAAUCUUUAGCACUCUACAAUGUAGAGUAAGCACUGCAGUAUAUAGAGUGCAGAAAUGUGAUAAUUCCUGGUUGAGGGCUUAAGGCCUGUAUUACAUGGAAGGAGUGGGGGUAGAAUCAUGCAGAAAAUGCUACCCUCUUUAAACAGCUGUUCUUACCCAACUUUAAAAAAAAAAAAGCAAAGAGAGCUAAAUCUGCUGGCCUUUAAAGUGCCGCAAGACUCUUGUUGCUUUUCACUGGAACAGACUACCACAGCUAUUCCCCUGAAAGUUGUUUGUGGUUUUACAGCUACAUUAUUCUCCAUCUCUCUUCCUUCCUGCUCCCCCCCCCCACUACAAUCUGUGGGUUUAUAGUUACUAUCCUGAGAUCGCUUGCUGCAGAAAGCAUCCAGAAUCGGACGGCACGAGCCCUCGGCAACUUGGCUGUAGACACAGAAAACUGCCAGGCCAUUCACGAAGCAGGUUGGAAGUGGGAUGGUGCACUGGGUAGGGAUGGAGGGCAGGUUUGCUCAUGAGGGGCUGGGUGGGGGUCCAGUCCAUAUGUUAUGACUUCCUGCCCCUUUUCAACAGGGGGAAGGGCAUCUCUUUCUGCCUACUUUCCCCCUCCAUAAUGAGGUGCUCCUCAUUUCCACAUGUUAGACUGACAUGAGUUUAUAUAAUUACUCAUUGCCUCCAUAUCUUAAUAACCGGAAGCUUCCUGGUGAAAACUAGCAUAGUGGGGGGGGGGGAGUGCUAAGAAUCUGAGCUGGAAUAGCCCAGUUUUAUCCCAGUUAUAGCCUCUCUUGGUGGCCCCAGGCAAACUUCUGCUCUCUCACUCUUGGCACCUGCUCUGCAAUACCAGGAUCAUGCUGGCCUACCUUACUGAGCUGUUGUAAAGAUUACUGAAAUAAUGUCUGUGAAGUACUCUGAGCGCUUGAAAUGCACUAUAUAAGCAUGAAGCUUUAUUCUCGUUAUUGAAAAUAUUUAGUCUUCAUGUAUUACAAAAUUCCCAGAUAGAAUGCACUGGGAUUCCAGAAUGAAUAGGGGAUCUGUGUGGAGCAUUUGGUCACUUCUGGAUAAACUACAAACAGCUUGUGUGUUAAAUUAGGUAACAUGUUAGCAGUUUUCUCUUUUAGCCUAGGUAAAAUUGGUGGGGGAACGUAUUUCGUGUUGGAGACUUGUUUUAAUUCUCUCUGUGUAUCUCUCUCCCCACCCUCAUUUAUCUGGGACAGAGGAGGGGUGGGAAUUUUGCCGUGAUUUGGGUGAAAUUUCCGCAUAACUUUGUGUUUGGAUUCAAGUGCAGACGUUCAUAUAAACUUCAAAAACUUAGAUGCAGAUGGAGGGGUUGCUUUGGAAUCUGUGGCAGCCCUCUCGGAAGAAAAGGAUGUGGCCACAGAACCCUUUUCUUCUUUCUCCCUUCUGCGGAGCUGGGGGUAAGGUGGACACCCAUCUCUGCUAAAACAUCACCCACGUGUUUUUCUAGUAGCCUGGAAGGGUGUGGCAAAUUUCCUUGAUAAAAUUGCCUGGGAAGUGGCUACUUCCCUUUAAGGUCCUCUGCAUCUGCUGCUCACAGCACCUUCAUUGCAGCAGCUGCUGAGAGUAGCAGAAAAAGAUGGGGGUGGUUGUGGAGAGAGAUGGUGCUGAGACUUGGCAGGCCAGUUGGAGGGGCUUGGACGUUUGCUAGCAAACCGUAGAGAAAUUGUAAUAUAUGAGACUCUAUAACUUGGCUUUCUUUUUCUUCCAUUCUCUCCCCCACCCCGCCACCCAAAAAAAUCUCCCAUUACAGGAGCAGUGCCCCCGCUGGUGCAGGUCCUCACCACCUCCCAGGACAGAGAGUGCUUGCAGAGUGUGAUCAGGGCAGUGCGCUACCUGGCUGACACGCCUGCGCAUCGCCUUGUGCUGGUCCAGCAGGGGGUGGUGCGCUCCAUUGCCGAGCGCUUGGCUUCCUCCUUGGAUGACGCCGCCCUUGUUGCAGCUGCCGUGCGCGCCCUCCUGGAGCUGACGAAGGGUUGCAGCCGCGACUGCGCGCAGCAGCUCAGCUUGGCGGGCGGCGUGGCAACCCUCAUGUCCUUGACUAGCCACGAGAAGCGGGCGGUGCGGGAGACUGCUCUGGUGGCCCUGUCCAACCUCUGUCUGCAGGGCAUGCUGAGGCCAGCUGUGGGCAAUGCUGGCGGAGUGGAGGUGCUGGUGGGGGAGAUCCGGCAACGCCAGAGGGCCGGGGCACCUGGCAUGGCCCUCCAUCCUCUGGUGAAAGCUUUGUGUCUGCUGUGCCGAGAGGCAAUCAAUAGAAGCCGGGUCCGAGAAGCCGGGGGGCUGGAGCUGCUGCUGUCCCUGCUGCGGGACCAGGGCCACAGCUCCUCCCACGAUCGUGUGGUGGUGGCCUUCGUGGCCUUUUUCUAUGAUGAGGAGGCCCUGGAGGUGCUGCAGGCUGGAGGGCUUGUGCCUUUGCUGGUUGGGAGGCUGGCAGCGCUGGGCCAAUGGAGAGGCCGGAAGGAAGAGGAGGAAGAGGAGGAGGACGACCUGGUAGAUGAGAGGGAUGCAGCUUCUUUUGACCUACCUGCAGAGGGGCGUCGUGGGGAGCAGGCCACGCCUGGAGCAGAGUCUUCCAGCUUUCAGAGCCUCAGGUAAAGAAUGUCUUGAGCUAGGGGAUUGUUUUAUGCAAGGGUUGAAAGAGGUGAUGUCCUUUCAAAAGAGGGUUUUUUAUGGUGAGCGAAGUAUAUACCCAGAACAUGCCAGUUCUGUACCAGCAAAGCAAAACAAACCCAAUUUGGAAUGUCUUGUGCAAAUUAGUCACAUCUAAAUGUGUAGCUUUUUCUAAAUUUUUACCCAGGCCGUGGAAGAUGGAAAGAAGCAAAGGUGUCAAGAUUGGGGGCUAGUGGACUGUUAGGGGUCAAAGGAGCUGGACAGGGAUGUUGCCCUACUCCAACCAUUUCCAGCUCUGUGGAAUCACUUUUAGCUUGUUUUCAAACUUUUCUUCGCUGGAAACACAGGUUGGAAAACUAAACAAUAGUUUUGCUUUUAAACGGGGCUAGAGUUUCUUAGGGUUCUGUGUCCUGUGCUUGCUUUGUUCCCCAGGAUUGUUGUUCUAUUGAGGGUGGCUGUGGUUGCUGCCACCAGAUGUUCUUUGCAUUUUGCUUCCAUGUCCUAUUGUGCCAUCGUUUGGCCGUGUGGUAGCAGUAGCGGGAGCCUGCAGUGUUCGAUUCCAGGCUCUGGCAAGCAUGUGCCACCGCACAGCUGUACGUGCAGAUGCUUGCAGUAUUUUGCAGCUGGCUGCCAAAAGCGGAGUCAUCCACACAACAACAGAUGCCUGUAGUCCGCUUGCUGUGGGCAAGAAGCUGAUACAUGCACUCUUCUCCAACACUUCGCACCCGCUAAUGGCUACCAACCACAUGCCACAUGGUCAUGUGAUUCCCUCCCCACUGCCCGCCCCAAACUCUACAAUCGCUUUUGUACUUCAUCCCUUAUAUCUGUGCAUUUCCUUCUAUCCACUCUGCAGAUCCUGGCUUCUUUCUGAAGGCUACAUUGCCAGCCCAGGAGACCUUUCUCCACAGUGGUCCCCCGACACCACCCUUUCUGAACUGGAUGUCCAAGGAUGUGUCAGCCCCAACCAAGAGCUGCAAGAUGAACCCCAUGGGCCCUGCCAUGCCGUAUCUGGAGUAAAAACCCAGUCCCGGGCCGAAUCCCCCGAUUUCUUAAACUCUCCAUUACUGGAUUUGCCCCUUGCAUGUCAGCCAAGUUCUACCGAGACCUUCAACCCAGCGGAGGGAGAUGGAGCAUAUCCACAGCAGAGCCUGUGCCCAGUGGCAUCACCUAUGUUCGACAAACCUGGAAGUCUCUGUUUGGAGGUGCCAGAUUCAGAGGAGAUCAAGGAGCUGGAAAUGGUUGAGAUAAGUAAGCAGCAGAAGGGGCUGCUGAUGAAAUCAGAAGAGGAAGAUCUAGCCAGUCCAAAGAAGGGACUCCCUGGACAGGAUGUAUUGAAGCUGCCCCGUUCAUUGUCCUCAGGGGCAGCCCCAAAUUCAUUGCUGACGAAUCCAUCGAAACCAGGUGAAGAUACGGAACAGUCGACCUGGGUUGCUUUGACAACGGACCAAAAUGAACCUGGGACCAGUAACUCGCACUUGGCUGCAAUGGCGUUGAUUCCGAGCAAGAGUGACCAAAGCCAACUGUCCCCCAGGUCCAUUGCCAAAUCGCCAGCCAGCGAGGAGGCCAGCUCCCCAAAGCUGAGCAUUCAGAGCCUCUCAAGUUCUCCCGAUGAGCACAGGACACCUACGUCCUGCUGGAAACGCCGUGCCAAGUUCCGGUCAACGUCUGAGCAGGCGCCACCUCCUCAAGCAUCACGUCCUGCUGGCGAGACUCCGUCCCCACUGCUCUCCCUAGCCCUGCCGCUCUCCCUCUCUCCACACGGGGGCGACAGAGAGCUCCAUGCCCCCGAGGCCCCCGUCCUGCUGCUCCUUUCCCGCUUUUCCCAGGCGGAGGAUCCCAGCCGCAGCUUGGUGACACCAGCCACCUUGCAAGGGCUGCUGCGCUACAUCACGAGAAGCCCCGUCCCCUCCUCUCGCUGCCUCCGGCUGUUGCAUCGCCUCACCUGCAACCCCACUUGUCUGGAGGCCUUUGUGCGUUCCUACGGCGCUUCGCUCAUCCAUGCCUGGCUGAUCCUUGGCGUGUCGCCUGAGCAGGUGGCGGCGGCUGUUACUGCCGAGGAAGAGGGGGAAGAGGCGGAGCCAAGAAGCCUGGAUGCCGGGGAGCACGACGCCAGGAGGUUCAAGGAACUUGGUGUGUGGAUUUUCUGUUAUCUCUGCAUUCCAGCGUAGCGGUUCUUAAACUUUCCCCCCACUAGUAAAUUUAAAAUUUCUGGAGAUCUCAAAAGGCCACUUAAUACCCCCCCUUUUUUUUUGGUCCUGUACAUCAAAUGCACAACUCUCACUACAGUUGGCAUUUGAUAGUGCCUUUCUAGUGCAAUGGAUGUGUUGGGAGCUUUUGAACAGAGUUCAGGGAAGUCUAGCUUGGCUCAUCAGAAAAAUAAACCAUAUAAUUGUAGAGUUUGAAGGGACCACAAGGGUCUUCUAGUCCAACCCCCUGCAGUGCAAGGAUCUUUUUGCUCAACAUGGGGCUCAAACCCACAACCCUGAGAGUCUCAUGCUCUACCAACUGAGCUAUCCCAGGGAUUGGGAGUUGAGGGCGAAGUAUUGAUAUUCCACAACCUUUCUGUGGAGCACCCAAAAGGAGACCACCAAAAAGGUGGUCUACUGAGGAUGAUUUGAGAACCUCUGUUCUAGGAUAUUGGAAUUCAAGCCUGCAUAGUUUAUUUUUUUGAGUUCCUCAUAUUAAAGAGGGCUUCUGAACCGGGUAUUCUCAUGUUGAAGAUGCUGUGGUGUCUCACUUUAGUGGGUCUUUGGCUCAUUGGAAAGCCAGUUGGUUUGUUGGGAUACUGUGGUUCCUAGUCUGUCUUUGCCACAGGCCAUGCUGUUAGCUGAUGCUCAGCAGGCCUUUGCCUCUGAAGUGGUUUUCAGUGCUGGAACGUGUAAAGCGACCCUAAGGAGAGCCCUUAUGGUAGUGUAUGAAACCACUUUUCCCCUCACCGCUGCGUAAUUGAAGUCCCCUCCACCUCACCCCAGCUGACGUAGGCUGGGGUUGAGGCUUCAGAUCAGAGAGAGACUUUUUGCUUCCCACAUGUUUUGCAGACAUAAAAUGGAGCAUGAAAUAAAUUGUGGGGGGACUGCAGCUCUUGUGAUACAGAAAAGGCUGACUGGGCAGUUGGGGGCAGGGCAGAUGCCAAAAAGUGGGCUGGCUCCCUUCAGAGUUGAUGCAGAUGCCGCGUCAAACGGAGGCACUGUUUGUUGAACGCAUUUCUGACCCAUUCUUCCCCUUCCCACCAGGAGAGACGCUGCUGAUGAACCUUUGUGUGCAGGCGGAGUCCCCUUAUGGAGUGGGUGUUCUCACCCACAUGCUGCUGUCGGGCUCCGAAGCCGAUCAGGUGGCCUGUGCGCUCGCCCUUCCGCUUAUCUGCAGGUAGGUCUGACAUUGCUCUGUCAAACUGGUAUGAAGAGAAGGGGAUAAAAAGGAUUUACUUCCUCACGUGGUUGCAGUUUCCUCAUGUGGCUACCAAAAUGGUGGCGGCCAUCUUGAAUGGGGAGCAGCCACCGGGCUGGGACAGAGUGACCUCAGGGUUUUAUUUAGCCCCAGAUUCAGAAAUUUGGGGGUAUGGACAGUGAAACUAUGAAAAAAAAAGUAUAUUACUCCUCACCACAUGAACCACAAGGCACUCAAAAGAGUGUAUGAGAGAUUUAUUUUUGGAAGAAGCGAAAAGUGUGGAGACUGAGGAAAGAGGAAAGUGUGUGCUAAUGUUGGGGGUCUGAUAUUUUACAAUUCUCAUUUUUCAGCUAAUAGAAGGGGAGAGUUGGGAUCUAACGAAAGGUACUGAGGAUGCAAAGCGGUUUUCUCUUUGUCUCCCAUAGGAAGGAUUCCCUUUGCCGGAAACUUCUGCUGGACCACUCUGGCCUGCGUCUCCUGUUAGGUGCCCUGGUGCGGGACCCCGAUCCCUGCCUUGUUUUCUACGCCUUGGAUGCCCUCUCCCUCCUCCUGGGCUCCCAAGCCACAAGUCUUCCCUCGCCGUCCCCUCCUGCCUCCAAGAGGCCGCGCCUGGACUCCCCGCCCCCUUGCUCUUAUUGCCGCUUCAUGGACGAAGGCAAGGCCGACUUGUAUUUCCAGCUGGACUCUGGCACCCGGGUGCCCGCCGUGCGCCAGGUCAUCAGCGAAGCCUCCGAGGUCUUCUGUGCCAUGCUGAGCACAGGGUUUGCAGAGUCGUGCCACACCACCGUGAGGCUGGGCGGUGUGUCUCCCGAGCCCUUCCUGGCUCUCGCACACUUCCUCCAUGGCUGCCGCGGCAAACCCUGCUCGGUGCUGGGGGUUUCGGUCCCCUUCGCUUUAGCCGAAGAAAUCCUCACGGUUGCAGAGCAGUAUCUCCUCCCCGAGCUCCAGUCCCUGGUUGAUGACGCCGUGUGCCGGGACUUCCUGCGCCCCGAGACUCUAGGCCAGGUGUAUUGCUUGGCUGAACGGCAGAACCGGCCCCGCUUGCUUCAGAAAUGUGCUGCUUACACUCUCCAGGACGUGGCAAGGCCCACCCGCCAAGCCGCGGUGUUGGCCAAGCUUCUCCAGUCUGUUGGGAAUCCCAGCAGGUUGGCUGAGGAGCUGCUCAGGGUAGUGAUGGAGUCCCCGUGGGGUUCUGGUGCUGAGGUCCAGCUGGGCUGAAGGAUUUACAGCUCUGUCUCCUCCUGCCCUGUUCCACCCCCCUUUUCUCUCUCACGCACACAUGCACACACAUAACCGAAAUAUUGGCUUUAUAGUGGAAACCCAAGUAUGAUGACAGAAGGAGUGCUAGGAGAAUAAAUAGGGUGAGACUCAAAAGAAUGGCCUCACAGCAGUCAAAGGGUCAACUUCUGGAGUGGGGAAGCGUGUGGGGCAGUGAUGUGGCAGUGAGCGCCCCACUUGACAGAGUGGUUGUGUGCGUAAGGUUGGUGGAGGUGACUGCAUGAGGGUGGAAAAGAAUGGAGGGAGGGAGGAAGAGGGCCAGGGGAACGCUGCCACCCAAAAGGCAUGGGGGAGGUUUUAAAUCAGAUGUGGGGAACUUUUGGCCCUCCAGAUGUUGCUGAACUACAACUCCCAUCAUCCUUGGCCGCUGACCACUCUUGCUGAGGGAUGGUGGGCAUUGUAGUUUAGUGACAGGAGUGCCAGAGGUUCUCCACACCUGAUUAAGAUGAAAGGUGGAGGAACCAGGUGUCAGUUUCCGCUUGGACGCAACAAUAGCCCCUUUUGAGGAGGGUUUCUGUCAAGAGCACUUAAAAAACAAAGAACGGCCAGCCUCAAUGUGAUCUUGGGCAUGGCAGUAUGUUCAAAGUGGGCAGGAUCCCUUUCUGAUAGCGUAUCAGGAAGGAACCCCAGAUUGAAAAAUACAACAUUUCUGAGAGUGCCGUUCUGAUGGCAGCUGCUCCUGGGAUUGAUCCUAGUCUUGGGAGGAAAUGUUAAAAGGGCAUGAAUGUAUAACUGAAGAAAGAUGAGCCAUCUCACAGAGAUGGGGGGGGGGCAGCAAAAGAACUGAUGCCACCAAGUAGUGGAAGGAAUUUGCAGGAUAUCAAGGUGCUUCUCUCCAGGACACGUGGAAGCACUGAGAGGAGUCUGGCCCAUUUGUAUAGAUGGAACUAUAUUGCAUAUAAGCUAUUGUACAUAGAGAAAUACAGACAUCAAAGAGGUACUCGGAGCG